AUGCAGGAUGUGGCAGUGAAAGCUCUUCCACCAGCGCACUCACCUCAGGGAGUGCCGCAGGGAGUGCUGUACGACACAGAGACCACCACGGACGAAGAACCCUUGCCUGGAACUCCAACACUCAUGUUUGACAUUGGAUCGUUUGCUAUCUUGGAAGCCAACCAGGCACUUCGCAAGCUCACUUUGAAGUGCAUAGGUGCACACGUGAAGAUGUCGAAGGUCAACCUUUGGGAUCUGUCACCAGACCUGAGCUUUCGUCGGCUAUCUGGACCAAUCCAGGACUUGGUGAACUCACAAGCAUGCUCAAGCAUUGAGAAUGUAUCUGCAGAGAUGGAUCUUGGAGAAAUGGUUCUUCUCCGCAACAUGCAGGUCUUAGCAAAAGUCAGUGUGCAGUGGGAUCCAGUAUUCGAGAAGCUCGUGGGAACGCUGUUUCUCUACCCAACAGGAAUUCCUGCGCUCACCAAGGUGCGGAGCAAACGUCGACCGACUCGAGAAUGGCCGUGGAAAGCGUCGCAAAAGGCGACACGGGACUGGAAGCCAUCGCAGCCGGAGCAGCCGCAGCAGUUCAGGCCGGACUUUGAUUUGAUUUCCUUUACUCCCAAGGACACUGGUUGCAAAGAGCUGCAAGACAUUCUGCAUAGUAGACUCGGAUGGCAGCACUUUGAGUGGUCGAGAGGCAUCCUGCUAAGAAUAGAAGAUACGCUAGUGAAGUUAGUGCGUAGGCACGUCCUGUCGUCCAGGAAAGAUGAGCUCCAUUUGGAUCUGGUCUCUUUGCAUUUCUUACCGUUGGCAGGGUACAGGGGCUUUGACCCCUCCAUUGACUGGCCUAGCGAUCUCAAGGACAUAACAAUUGAGUUCAACUCGAGGAUAAGGAGCGUAAGCGGGAAGAGCCUGCGAAAAGCACCAAAACCGCGACACUUUUCUACAGCUUCUUUGACUUACUGGGCCCGAGACGUGAAGUCACAAACCCUCGAGAAGCUGACUGACAACUGCUGGAGUUCUUCUUUGGAGGAGGAGAAGUUCAAACCGAGAAAUGCGCAUGAAUGUCCUUUUGACGCGCAAGUCCUGAUCAGCUUCAACUUCCCAGUGGUUGUGGAUAGGUUUGUCCAAGAUCCAUCCAUGUUCGAGCUGACAGAAGGUGGGAUGAUGUUCACUCAUACGUUGCCAAUCGCGAGCAUCGCACCAUGCCCUCAAGAGGUGCCAAAGCCUUUGCACUUAGAUCUAGGAGGGCCUGCAGUUGUCAAUCAGUCCAGAUGUCUGUCGGUCCGGCUUCCCAAGACAUUGGAGACGGGAGCGGACUAUAGGCUACAACUACGAAAGGGGGCUAGGUAUCAUCCGUUUGCUGGUCCAUAUGCUGGAGGUGAUAGUUCAGAGCCCAUCAAACUCACCGGGCUUCGACCCUUUCAAUUCAAAUUCUUGAAGCCGGUGGCUCAGACCUUUGAACUGUUCAAGAUUUACCUUCGACAUGGCUUGAAGGCAUUCACGCAAUCGGGUCAGGCUCCAAGUGAAAGCUUGCAGAAUUUGCAGCGCGCCUUCAGUGUUACAAAUCGGGUGGACGGCCAGGUAUUGCCACAUCAGCUCACUUUAAAAAGCAAUUCAACGCUUCAGCUGAAGGUGCAGGGUUUACAGCCAGAAGAGGAGUAUGUGAUUUCUGUGUCUCCUCGAGCUGAUGUUGUGGACGGUAUGGGCUUGGAAUUGCAGGAAUCCAAAGGCCAGCUGAAGAUGGGCAACCUGCCAGGUAUUUUCCUGGCACCAGAGCCGCGCAAUCCUGGUCUGUGGACUUCAGCCUGUUCAGAUCGUUUCAUGCCAAAAGAUGCUCCAGAAAUCUUUCCGCUACUGCAGCGGCAGCCUCCUCUAGACAUGAUGAGUUCAAAGGUAGAUAUAGAAGCCUCGAUGCAGGCCUUCGUAUGCUCUAUAUCCUCAACAAGCGAACUUGGGGACUUCCUGACUUUUUUCUUCCAACCAGUGAAGGACACUUCAAUGGCAGGACCAUGUUCAAAGAGAUCUUUCCAGGCUCAUCCGGGUGUCAUUCUAGCAGCUGGAAAACAUGCCGUCCGAUUCAAUGAGAUCCCGUUGAACUUCCCGAAAUCCAGGCUCUUGUUCCUGGAGUUGACCUGUGUUGGAAAGAAUUUGGGGGCACAUUGCGCGAGCGAGAGACUGGCAAGCCGACCAAGUCGAACACGAUUCCUGAAUGCUGCAUCCUUCAGCGCUGUUGUAGCCUUUGCAAAGCCUAGCUCCUCACCAUAUGCAGCUCUUGGAGAGUUGCGACGGACAACUAUCUUGGUGUCCGUUCACAAUUUAGAUCAAACGGCUGCAGCUGGUUACCAGGUGGAGAUUUGGGAGAUCCCCAGCACAGAUUGGAUUGGUGACCGAAGCGUACAGCCUCCAUCCAGAAGGAUUGGAAUGGAAAGCACUGACUCUCAUGGACGAGCUCUGUUUUACCUCCCAGAGGAAGAGACUGUUGGAAAUCAUCUCCGAGAUGCGAAGGGCUUCGUCGCGGUGAUCGUCAAUCCGAAGAGCGGCGAGAUAUUGCUAGGGGAUUUGCUGCGUCUUCCACCAAGCCCUUCAAUUGCCUCACAGAGUCAAGCCCUUGCUGCUUCCCUUCGGUUGUACAUCACGACUGAUCGAGCAGUCUAUGCUCCGGGAGAUGCUCUCGCUUUGAUGGGAGUCAUUGCUGCUCUUGGCUCUGACUGUCCAGGGAAAAAACCAGGCAACAUGUGUUCGCCUACCAGUCUCAAUGCUGGUGCAAAUCUUUGUCUCCCUGGGCACUGUUCUCAUUCGGCCUACAUACUUGCUGAAUUUCUCUGGAGGCUGGAACAGCCAGGGCAGCAGGAGGUGUGCUCUUUGCACACAUGGCCUGUAUCACCAAUGGGCAUGUUUGCUGCCAACAUCACGGUGCCAGAGAACGCAACCCUUGGCAGACUUCCUGCUGUUUCCAUUUACUACGCAAAAGAGCUGACACAGGUGCCUGCAAGCUGUUCUGAGUGGCGCCGACUUCAUUCACAACUGCAGCUGCCUUCAUUAUCAGCUCAGGGCACUCCGUUUCUUGAUAUCCUCAUUGCAGAUCCUCGACCACCUACUGCGGUGCUGGCAUUGGGCACGCCUGAGUUCUUGCUACCAGGACAGCCACUGACAUUGAAUGCCACGCUUAAGACCUACACUGGGAUUCCUUUGCAGAAGCACGAAUUGCAGGUGGAAUUGACCAAGCCCAGCAAGCCAGCUGACCAACGGCCGAUGCCAGUGUUCGCCGAGCCGGACACAGUCUCCAGCAGCUCUGAGGAGACUGAGACUCAAUCCAGUGACCUAGUUGGCGAGACUGACUCUGUUGGCGCUUGGUCGAAGGAACUCCAUUUCGGAGGUGAGAUCCCAUGGGUCCCCAAGCUGGAAGAUGAAGUAACCAUCAAGGUGAAAGCUCGAGGGCCUACAGGAGAACAGCUAGCUGAGUCAAAAAAGCUGCCGAUCCGUGUGGGACCAUGGGAUGUAGAACUGAGGACAUCAGCAGACACACACCGGGGUGACGGGCCAUUGCCAGGUCAAGACUUCGCGGUAUGGAUGUCCUUGAAGGCAAAGUAUCCACAAGAGGGCUGGAAGGUUGCCGAUGACAAGGCUGCGCAACUGUUUCUGGUGGAUGCCGAUGAUGAAACAACUGGAAGUCCUGCAGAUUGGCUUCGGGCGAAGGAAAAGGUACAGACCCUCAUGCCCAAAGUCCAACUUGACAGCAGGAUCUGCGAGCCAGCCUUCAGCCCAAAGUUCCCUGGCCUUUGCUACUUCAGGCUGCCCAGAAUGGGAAGAUUUGCAGUGGUGGCGAAAGUCAAGCUGCAGGAUCCCAAGCUUGAGGAUCACGUCGUCUCCACUUGUGCCUUCUUGGGACGUACUACAAUGCAGUGGAGGCAAUCACCUUUGAACUCUCCAAACAUCUUCAAACGGUUUGAGGUCCAACCCUCUGCAGCCUCUUACUUUCCCGGCGAUGCUGUGAAACUACAGGUCUGGAACCCUUUGGCCGUGCGAACGCGCAUGCUCGUUAUUUGGGGUGAUCGACCAGCAGUGACAGAGCUUCAAAACGUAUCGGCACAAGAGACAGUUGACCUGGGGGUAUUGCAAGACAGCGACUGUCCUAUGACCUCUUGCAAGGUGCACGUCUUUCUGUGGAGCGUCGAUGAUUCAAAGACACUUAUCAAAGACGUUCCUCUCUCAAUCCACUAUCCUGAGGGAGCUCCACUCUGGGCUCACCAGGAGGUGGAGUUGUAUAUAGAAAGACCGGGGCAAAAGUUGAAGGUCGAUCUGAAACCUGAAGCCAGGGUGAUCAAGCCCGGUGGAAGUGUUGAAAUCGAGGUCAACAUCGAGCAGCAAGAGGGUGCCCAAACUGAAGUUUCCAUGCUGGUGGUCGACAAGGCCUGGCUAGAUUUACGGCCUCUGAAGCUACAAGAGCCAACAAAGGCCUUCGAGCCCGAAAGGCUGUUGUCAAAGGGUCCACAGUGGCGCCUCGCUAGCACACUUGAUGGUCUUUCUACAGCCAGUUCGGUGGCAAAGGCCACCAAGCGGAUCCGCCAAAGCUUGAAAGACAACCAGUGGAUGGACUACAUCACCUGGCCCCUCGCACUGCGCGGUUCGGACGACUCCAUGCUGGAUGAUGAGCACUACAUGGACAAGUGGGCAGAGGACUUGACGGAUUUUCCGAAUUCUCCCAUGGUCGCAAUGGAUGAAGUUGCUGGGGAAAAUUUCGGUGGUCCAAUGGUGAUGGCAAAAGGGUUGGUCCCAAUGGCGCUCAUGGCCAAAAGCGCUCCUGUACCAGAGAUGGCUGUAGCCGCAGAUGCGCCUGUAGGCAUGGAGGCUUCAACAGACAGCUCUGCUGGAAGUCCGAAAGUGAGUCUACGGAAGCGAUUUGCCAAGCUGGUUGCUUUGAACAGUGCACUGUUGGAGACCGGUGUGAACACUUGGAAGGCUCACAUAAGGCUUCCAGAAGAUCUUUCCACCUACACAGUGCGAGUUCUUGCAGUGUCUAGAAAGGACGGAAACUGGUCUUGGGGAUCAGCAGAAACAGCAGUUCACACUUCCCAACAAGUGUACGGCAAGCCGCUGCUGCCUCGGAUGCUGCGUUUUGGGGAUGUUUGCCGCAUGGGAGCUGCCAUCCAGGCC